AUGGCUCGGCUCCCCGUUGCAAAAGCAUAUGUGCCGCCGGAACAAACACCGCCGGCCCAACUGCCAAGCCUGCAAUCUUUAGGCCACCAUCUGCUUCGGCUCCAUCCCCUUGCCAGCAGUCAAAACGCCCGCCUUGCGCAGGAUGUUGACGCACUUGUCGACCGUUUCCUCCUUGACGCCAUCCGUCUUGGCAGGGAAUUUCACCGUGUCCAACCACGCGCGUGCGUCCUCCUCCGAGUAGUCGAGGGCGGUGCUGAUGUACUUGACGGCCUCCUCCUUGUUCUCGUUGAAGUACUUGAUGCCCUGGUCCAGCUUGCCCAGCAGGUCCGUCACCCUGGCGUCUCGCUGGCCACCCGCGAGGAGCUUGGUCGAUGCCACAAUCUUCCAGCUGCUCCACGGCGUUACUUCUUGGACGUGAAGUGCUCCCACAUGAAGAAGUCUGCCUCGCUCGAGUUGACGGCCUUGCGCAGAUUUUCAAACGUGUUGAGCACCACCGUCUGCGAAAAGGGACUCACGUUAGGCUGGAGCCACCCCUCGCGGUCCGCCAGCACGAACCCCAUGACGUAA